AUGGCGUUCUCCGACCUCCUGGAGCGGACGGGGGGCGCGGGGCGCUUCCAGGCGCUGUCGGUGCUGCUGCUGUCGCUGCCGGUGCUGCUGAUGGCGAGCCACAACCUGCUGCAGAACUUCACGGCCGCCACGGCCCCGCACCGCUGCCGCCUGCCCGGUGAGCCCGACAACGGCACCAGCGGUGCCACCGCAGCCCCGGAGCUGCUCAGGGCCUGGCUGCCCCACGGGGAAUCCUGCCGGCGAUUCCUCCAGCCCCAGUGGGCGCUCCUGGAGGAGCCUGGCAAUGCCACGGGGGCCAUCGACGGCAAUGGCACCGACACCGACAACGGCACCGGCACCGACAACGGCACCGCCACCCCGGAGACCGAGCCGUGCCGGGACGGGUGGAUCUACGAUCGCAGCGUCUUCACCAGCACCAUCGUCACUGAGUGGGACCUGGUGUGCAGCCGGGGGAAACUGAGGCAGCUGGCACAGUCUCUCUACAUGGCCGGGGUCCUGGUGGGCGGCAUCGUCUUUGGGGGGCUCUCCGACAGGUUCGGCCGCCGCUCGGUGCUCAGCUGGUGUUACCUUCAGUUGGGAGCCGCGGGCUCCUGCGCUGCCCUCGCCCCCUCCUUCUCCCUCUACUGCCUCUUCCGCUGCCUCUCGGGAGCCGCCUUCUCGGGCAUCGUCCUCAACAGCGUCUCCCUCUCCCUGGAGUGGAUGCCGACGGGGGUGCGUGCCCUGGUGGGCACCUUCAUGGGCUACUCCUACACCCUGGGGCAGUUCCUGCUGGCCGGGGUGGCCUUUGCCGUCCCCGACUGGCGCCGCCUCCAGCUCGUGGUGUCCCUGCCCUUCUUCGGCUUCUUCCUCUGCUCCUGGUGGCUGACGGAGUCGGCGCGGUGGCUCCUCAUGGUGGGCCGGUCCCAGCAGGCCCUGAGGGCCCUCCAGAAGGUGGCCAAGAUCAACGGCAGGAGGGAGGAGGGGGACAAGCUCGACAUCCAAACGCUGAGGUCGCAGAUGCAGACAGAGCUGAGGGCCCCACGGAGCCUCCCGGUGCUGGCGCUGGUGGGGACGCCGAGGCUGCGCCGCAUCUCGGGCUGCCUCUGCUGC